AUGUUGGUCGAACACAACGGAAAAGAAUCGGCAUGAACCGCCCAGCAAACUAAGCCAUCCGCUGAAUCCUCCCAACCUCCAGCGCCCCUCCUCCCGGCCGGAAGCGCCCCUCGGCAACUUCCCGCGGCGCGUCUCCAUGGCAAGGCGGUCGUCCGGUUAGACCACUGGGCGCCGCCAUAUUGGAAACCCUGAGCGACGGCGGCGUCUCGAGUCAUGGCGGCGCCCGAGCUGCUGGAGGUGCGGCCAGGCCUCUAUCUGGGUGGGGCCGCUGCCAGAGAGCGGAGCCGACUGAGGGAGGCAGGCGUCACGGCCGUGCUGACGGUGGACACCGAGGAGCCGAACGGCGACCUCGAGGGCCUGCAGACCCUCUUCAUCUCAGCGCGGGACGAGCCCGAGACGGACCUGCUCAGUCGGUUGGACCACUGCGUCGCCUUCAUCGGCCGGGCGCGCGCUGAUGGUGCCGCAGUGCUCGUGCAUUGCCAUGCAGGUGUAAGUCGAAGCGUUGCUGUCCUCACUGCUUAUCUGAUGAAGACUGAGCAGCUCUCUUUUGAAGAUGCCUAUGGCAGCCUCCAGACCAUCAAGCCAGAGGCUAAAAUGAAUGAGGGAUUUGAGUGGCAGCUGAAGCUUUACCAGGCAAUGAGUUGUGAAGUGGACACCUCUAGUGCGAUUUAUAAGCAAUAUCGGUUACAAAAAGUUACUGAGAAAUAUCCUGAAUUACAGAAUCUGCCACAGGAUGUCUUUGCUGUUGACCCAACUCUUAUUUCCCAAGAAUUGAAAAAUGAGAUUCUCUACAAAUGUAGGAGGUGCAGGCGUUCCUUAUUUCGGAGUUCUAGUAUUUUGGAUCACAGUGAAGGAAGUGGACCAGCAGCCUUUGCUCAUAAGAAAAUGACGCCUCUAAUAAUUAACACAGGGAAUGAGGCCAAAUGUACUUCUUAUUUCAUUGAACCUGUUCAGUGGAUGGAAUCUGCAUUGUUAGGUGUCAUGGAUGGACAGCUCCUUUGCCCAAAGUGCAGUGCUAAGUUGGGUUCCUUCAACUGGUAUGGCGAGCAGUGUUCUUGUGGCCGGUGGAUGACGCCUGCUUUUCAAAUACAUAAGAAUAGAGUGGAUGAAAUGAAAAUGCUACCCCUUCUUGGAUCACAAGCAAGAAAAACGUAAAUUCUUUUAAAAACUGAUUUUGAUAACUGACUUAAAAAGAAACUUCUUUAUAUCUCAUGCCUUUGUUCAUUACUAUUCCUCAUAGAUUUUUUAAUUUAUAGGCAACCAUAGUUUUUGAUUAUAUUUUAUUGGAAUUGGCACAAGAAAAUACAUCCCUUCAUGUGAUCAGCCUCAUCUUGUUCUCUUUCUUGGUCAUGGAUACAAAAUGUGCCAAAUGUAUCUAAGUGGAAUAAAUUUAAUGGGAACUAAGGUAUUUCUAACCACA